AUGAGCGAAUUAAGCUCAGCUCUAUCUUCCAAUGAAGAUUUACCCAAUGUUUCUCCAUCCAACUCCCCACCCACAGUCAAAUCAGAAGAAGAGACAGCCAUAGAGUUGACUUCCAGUAUUUCCGAGAAAUCAUCUCUUGUGCCUCCCGCAAAUACUCCCAAGGCUAAUGCCAACAAUAACGGUCGCCAAAAGAGAACUUCACUCGCGUGUAUAAGAUGUCGGGCACGUCAUAUCCGAUGUCCUGGGGGCGAUCCUUGUAAGAAAUGUCAGUUGGCAAAGGCAAGAUGUGAAUAUAUUGAAGCAGACAAAAAAAUUGUUGUCUCUAUGAAAUAUCUUUCGAAGCUUCAUGAUGAUAUUGCCAGGCUAAAAAAAGAUAACGCUGUAUUAAGAAAUAGUUUGAAAGAGCUGGAAACUAAACGACCAGGCGCAGAGCUGGUUAACUUGGAAGAAUCAAUAUCAGGUACAACGCCAAAGCAAUCGCCCUAUUCUCAUCCAAGUUCAGUAGAGCAACAGCAACAACUGCCUUCAUAUAUCGAACCUUCAAUAACGAAUCCACAAACACUUACUAAUGCUAGUGGAGGCGAAGUAAUACAUCCAUCCCUCGAUAGAUAUGGUAGAUUGGUGCAGUCACGUACUGGAGAAAAAGUUUAUGUAGGGUCAUCCUCAAUGACUCUAUUUGGAUUGGAAAUUCAAAAUAUGGUACCGUCAUUUGUAUCCAGUUCCUUGUUACCCACUUCCAGUGUUUCUAGUCCUCUGUCCACGAUUCAAGACCCUGCAGUUAGUCCUAAUCCUAUCAGUGAAACCAUGUCCCAACAUUCGAAACGAGAGUCAAAGAUCUUGGAAAAGGAAGGCAAUGCAUAUAAGAUUACUUUAUCUAAAACACAUACUCGACCCGGUUUAUCAAUCAACUUUUCAUUACCAUCGUAUUCAUAUGCUAUGUUGUUGGUUGAUACCUUUAUAAACUAUAAUGAUGGAUGCUUUUAUUUCUUUAACGAAGGGUUAAUCAAGAGGUUUUUAAUGAAUUUAUAUUCGGGUAAGGCUAUGGAGAACAAGAGGAUUUUGAGAAGAAAUAUAUCAUUACGUAAAAGUCCAGAUGAAGAUGAGAACUCGAUCAAGAGGGAUACAGAUGACGAAACUAUCUUGGAAACAAUUUGGUUUUGUAAAGUUUUAUUAAUAUUCGCCAUUGGUGAGAUGUAUUUGGGAACUGAAUCAGAUACCCACACUUCAAGAUUAAAAAUGGAAAAUUCAAGACAUAAGGGCAAAAUAAAACGAGAAAAACAUACUCUUCCAGGGUCAGGUUUUUUCUACCAAGCUUCGGAACUUUUCACUGGUUUGUUUGCUUCUGGUGCCAUCGAUAAUAUAACCAAAGAUGGUGGUAUUGAAGUCAUGCUUUUGUACGCUUUCUAUUUACAAGUUGCAGAUUGCACGAUAGCGUCUUAUUUUUAUUUUGGGUUAGCAUUAAGAGCAGCAUUAAUUUUAGGAUGGCAUGUUGAUGCUGACAAGGAAAAUUUGAAUAGAUUUGAAUUGGAACAUCGAAGACGAAUUUGGUGGACAGUGUACAUGUAUGAAAGAAUGCUUUCAUCUAAAGCUGGAUUACCUUUGAGUUUUGCUGAUGAUUCUGUUUCUACUGAAUUACCUAUUGACUUUAAGAUUGAUUUAACCGAUUUCCCCCGAGAUGAAACUGAUGUUAGAGGGUAUUACAUAUUUCCACCUGCUGAUUACAUUAACAACUGUGUUACUAUAACCCAGAUCAAUGCUGUUAUUUUGUCUUCGUUGUAUACAAAACAACCCACGGUUAAUAUUCUUCCUGUUGUGUCUGAUUUAGUUCAGCGAUUGAUGGCGUGGAAGAAUUCUUUGCCCAAAUACCUUCGCAUAGACUUUGCAGUUGAUAAUCCUCAAGUAUCAAGGUUAGUGGUUAAUUUGAUGACUGAAUACUUUCAAGGGAUUAAUCUUGCUGUUCGUCCACUUUUAUUUCAUUUUGCUACCAAGAAAUUGAAGGAGUUACAAGUUCAAAACACACAAAGUAAAUACAUUGACUUAACCAAGUAUUCAAAAAAUGUGUUGUCUUUGUUGAAUGCCUCAUUCCAAGCCUCUAUCAAUACAAUCAAGAGUAUUUGGGCACUUUUGCCGGAUAACAUGGUGGCAUUGUUUGGGUGGAUGGAUCGUGAAUAUUUGUUUACUUCGGCAUCAACUUUGAUUCUUUUUAAUGCAUCAUUUGGUGUUCAUGAUGCAACCAAGAUUCAUUUAGAUCAUGCAUUGGUGAUAUUUACUAAAAUGAAAAGGUUGGGAAAUUAUCCUGCAGCACUUAGAAGAGCCCAAUUGUUAAAGUUAAUUAGAGUUUUGGAUUUCAAUGGAGUCAUGAAUGAUAUUUUGGAAAAACAUGAUGAUGAAGAAUCCAAUACACUUUUUGAAAGUUCAGAAAAUUUAACUGACAAUGUGUUUAAUGAUAUAUCACGAGAAGCUAGUGAUGUGUUGGGAGAUUUACCAACCCCAGCAAUAAAGGCUUCAGAUUUAGAUUACUUGCAUCUUCCUACACUGGGAGCUUCCACAUUUCCUCAACAUCAACAACAACACACACAGACUGGUUCUCAAGUGCCAGUACAACCACAAAUACCACUACCUAAUUCAAGCUAUAUAUCCGAAAUGGUUUCAGGACCAACUCCAACUCCAGGAGAUGUAUACACCAAUCAAGAUUUGACCGGGAUUGAGGGUCUCACGUAUUUGGAUGAGGAACAACAGUUAUGGAACGAAAUUACUAAUGAUGCUGGAUGGUUGAAUGUAGCAGGAGGAAACCCCAACCAGCCACCCUCUGCGAUGCAUGAACCUUUGAAAGGAGCACACGAAGCUGUACCUAUUUCUGUAAAUGCCAACGCACAGAACGUUGCUCCUUCGCCAGCUUUUUCAUUUGGUAUGGUGCCUCCAGAAGAAUUUUCCCAUUCGGGAUUCUCAAUGGGGUCAGGCGGUUAUGCUGAUCUUAUCAAUCAUGAGUUCCAAGAUCUUAUGGAUCAAAGCUAG